GCUCAUAGAAAGGAAUUAGGCUAAAGUAAAGCAAAUGUUUUCCGACUUUUCUUCCUUUAAUGGAAGAAGACUUGUAAAAUUAAUCCGACUUGAGGGAUGUUUGGCUUGGUUUGCUGACCUACGGGUGUUUGAUUCUUCAUGGUAGUGAUUGGUGGUUUGUCCAUCUACAGUCAUGAAGUUUCUCUUUGCUGGUGGCGGCUUGGAGUUUCUCUUUGGUUGUGGCAAACAAGUUUAUGUGUUUUAUUUUAUGUAUUUUAUGUUUAAUGUGGGCUUUAUGCUGAAUGUGGGCGUAAUGCCUCUUUGUGGGCUAUAUGCCUUUUUGUUGGCUUUUGACGUUGCUUUUGUCCGACUUUGUUUGUACUGUUUUAUGUCCUUUUAAGGAUUUGCAAUGAAUUGAAAUUUCGACCAAAAAACAAAACCUUUCCAAGUUGGAAAGUUCCUUCCAUGACCACAUCAAAAGCCCAAAAUCUCAAAAAAUCCAAAAGCCCAAAGCCCUCACUUGUUGUAACAUAAUAACAACAUUAACCGUCUCUCAUUCCUCAAUAAACACCUGAGUUAAUGAAACUCAAAAGCUCAAACUCUCAUUACCAAUGAGCUUUUAGCUGACAUGGAUUUUGGGGCAAACAAAACUCCAAGGAGCUCUUAAUCUCAGCUUUGAGCUCCUCAGAGGACCCAAAACCCAGGUGGUGCAGCCAUGCCAGGCCCUGGUCCGCACCUCAUGUACGCCAUGGGCACUGGCCUGGCUCUGACCACUCUCAGCAAUGGCAGGUUCAGCCCCCACCACACCCUCUUCUACACCAUCAACGCCUUCUUUGGCCCUGACAUCGGAUCCUUCUCUGAGUGGCUCGACUCCAUCCUCGGCUUCGGCUUCGGCUCCAAGCUAGCCGACUUAAUCCACCACCCCUUUUACUAUGUUCUCUUUCCCGGUCUUCCUCUGUGUUUGCUCUACUCUUGGGUCUCUAGAGUUUUGCUUCAAAGACGGCUUCUUGAUUCGUUUUCUCGGGUGCCCCUUACUAGGAAGCAGUGCUGGUUCUUGGUGUCAGCUGGUUCUUUUUCACACUUUUUCCUUGACCACUUGUUUGAGGAGAAUGGGCAUUCAAAAAUGUAUACUUGGAUUUUGAGCACUGGUUGGUGGAAGGGCCGGGCACCGGUUAACCCAGAUGCUGUUGUUGUAGUUGGCCUUUUAUGCAUUGUCUUAAUCGGCGGCUUUAUUUACAUCAACAGUUUUGGCAUGCAGGGUUAAGCCUCACAAGUCUAUUAAUAAGCAAUCAUAUCAAUCAGUGACACUGAUUUCCAUUGUAGCAAUCCUGUAUUGCUUGUGGUGUGCAAGCCAAAUACACUGGGUUAAUCCUCAUCGGCCAGCAGUUGGUGAAGAGGCUGAUCUUGGGGUUCUUGUGUUUCUAGCCAUCUACUUCUUUCUUCCUCACCUUUUGUGUAUAUUGUCCAUGCACCCUAGAGAUCUUCAAGCAGAGCAACUUCCACUAUAACAGUAACCAUAUUACUAAACAGAACAUCCCACUUUUGCUGUCCAAUAUAGUCACGACUCACAUCGAACGUUUUGGUCCUGUAUGACACACAGAUUCUCAGGUCUUGCCACGGCGGUUAGUUUUGUUACAUAGCUUGCUACCUUCAUGUGUUGGGUUUUUUCAAAAUUUGUAUCUUAUUACUAUCUUGUAUAUAGCUAUACAUAUAGAAUUUGCAAGAGGCUGUUGAGUGUAGUUGUACCUUGUUGUAAGCCACUGUGAUGAAGCUUGAAUUCCGUCAUUUGUUUCUUUGGUUGAUAGCCCUUUUGCAUUAAAUACUUAUUGAAGAA